GAAGAUCAUCUUCUAAAUUAUGAUUCCUUUCUUCUUAUUGUUGAAGGAUUUUCUUCUCAAUUUUGCUGGGUUUAUCUUCGUCGACUGAAUCUGAUUUUUUUUUUAUUUUUUUUUGAAUUUUGUGGAAGUAAUUUAUGGUUUGUUUUACUUCUCACAGAGGUCGGGAGAGAGAGAGAGUAAAUGCCAAAAUUGUGUGAAGGAAGAUCGAACAACAGACAACACAGGCAGUUUUUUUGUGAUCGUUUGAAGUGAAAUUGUGAAUAUCAUGGAAGAAUCAAAUGCAAUGACGAUAGAAUUUCUUCGGGCGAGGUUGUUGUCAGAAAGAUCUGUCUCGAAAUCAGCAAGGCAAAGAGCUGAUGAGCUGUCCAAGAGGGUAGCAGAACUUACGGAGCAGCUAAAUUUUGUAUCUCUUCAAAGGAAAAAAGCCGAAAAGGCCACAGCGGAUGUUCUUGCAAUGUUGGAAAAUCACGGAAUAAGUGACGUGUCAGAAGAAUUUGAUUCGUGUUCCGAGCAGGAUGAAAGUCCACAUGAAUUGAAGGCUCGUAAUAGUUCAUUGGUAAUUCAAGAAACUUCAACCAACCACAAACCAAGAAAAAACGAAACGGAGGCAUAUUCCAGUUCCGAAAUCGAAUCUUGUCCAUCAAUCGGUAGUAGAAGCUUGUCCUGGAAGAGUACCAAAGAUCCUCAGCGACACUCACCCGAAAAGAAGAAAUACAUCGAUUCUGUCAGAAGAAGAACGAGCUUUUCAUCAAAUGGUUCUUCAGCAAAAAGGGCCGGUAAAUCAUGUCGUAGGAUAAGGCACAGAGAGACUAGAUCAAUUGAGGAGUUACAGAAUGUCGACACUGAGAAGGCCGUAAAUUCCAGAGAUGUUUGCAACUGCUCCUCCAAUGGUGAGCCCGUUGCAUUAACAGAAAGCCCCGUGUUGAGGUCAAAUAAUGAAGCGCAAGAAAGUAAUAUUGGCCAUUAUUUUAAUGGAGACAUGGAAAGUGCACUGCAACAUCAGGCCCAACUCAUCGGUCAAUACGAAGAGGAGGAGAAGGCUCAAAGAGAAUGGGAGGACAAAUUCCGAGAGAAUAAUAACAGUGGCGGCACACAGGACUCGUGUGAUCCAGGGAACCAUUCAGACGUGACUGAAGAACUAUACGAGAUGAAGCCGCCUAAGCAGUCAUUUGCUUCUGAGACCGUGUGUACAGAUAAUCAAGAAACGAAACAAGAACCACAGAUUUCCAAGAGUUUGCCGCCUGUCACAUAUGAUAACCACAAGGUAAAUUCGCAGGAACAGAAACUCGUUGGCGAAUCUUCAGCAACCGAGUUUUCAUUUCCCACAUCCAAAGAGAAAAGUGACAACGACUCAUCAGAAAAACAGCACGAGGCAUCUGCACUUAGAACACACCCUUCGUUACAGUUAUCUUCUUCUUCUUCCCGUGAGCUUUCGAUUAUGCCUAGAGAAACUUCGAACAAUUUAGGUUCUGUCUUAGAGGCACUUCAGCGAGCCAAACUGUCGCUGAAUCAGAAACUCAAUAACUUGCCUCCUUCAGCAGGAGGAGCAACUUCUAGCAGUGCCGUCAAACCAUCAAAUCUCGAAACAGACAAAGUCGACAGCUGGCGAAUUCCCAUUUGUUCUCCCGGCCUUUUCAGAUUGCCAAUCGACUAUCAGUUCGAAGCCAACAAUCCUCGUGCUUUAUCGGGUGACUCAUUUCUCACUCAUGUCACUAACAGACCUUUUAUUACUCCGGAAAUCCAGAGGUCUUUCGGACAACCUAGACUAAGUGAAAGUCCACCAAUAAUGCCAAUGCAUAAUCUCGAUCCUUACGUGAACCGUGUUCUUCGGUCGUCAGCAGAAGAUUCUUAUCCGUUUUUUCCGGAUGUUACAUCAUCACUCCGCCCACCGUUGAAUGAACAAGCAGGGGAAUCUUCUAGAACUUCUCCGAGUUCGGAAAGAGGGUUACCUCCUGUUAUGCGCCUAUCGUCUUCGUACGAUCCACGCGUCGGACCCAAUAUGUACAGAUAGCCUCCCGCCAAUCCUCCUUCCAGCCGGAUUAUAUUAUCCUAUAUAUAUAUUUUUUCGUCCUUUUCUUUCCCUAUAUAUUUAGAUAUUUUCUUGUGUGUUUGUGUAAUAGAGGUUUUGCCAAUGUGAACUUAGGAAUUAUCACAUAAUUUUAUAAUGCUCAUGUUGAGCAUUUCUGAACAGCUUUUUUUUUUUUUCUUUUUUUCUAAGAUUGUUGUAUGAUAUUAAUGAAUAAGAGUUGGGAUUGUCUAGGAUUCGAGAAAUUUA